AUGUCAGACCCCAACAGUGCUGGCAUGGUCGGCAAGCCGUCGCCCUCAUCGCGGCAGGGGAAACGCAAGCGGAAUGGCGAAGAAGACCCUUCAGCCGGUAGUCCAGCUUCCAGUCAACCGAUCAGCUCCAAAUCCCAAAGGGGCGGCAAAGUAGGAAAAGGACGACCAAGCCUUAAUAAGGAGGCGAGCAGCAUUGUGGUACCAUGUGCCGUAGAGUGGCCAGAGGAAUUCAAGAAGAUAGAACGAACGCAUCGGGCUCUCAACCUUGUGUACACCUUCUGCACGACUCGGAAACAUCUUGCGACGACAUUUGACACCAUAAAAUCUGCUGUCGAAGCUCAUAUUAAGCGGGAGUUGUUGGUUGAUGAGAUCGUUUCUAUGGUAGCACUCCGCCCAGAGGGUAUCUUUUUCGCAUAUGUUGAUGAGAUCAUGCUGCAACUCGACGUAAAAGGCACCGAGCGAGAUGAAGUUUUCAGAACCGGAAAUUCAUUUAGAUCUCAAGCUCCAGCGCACGAUGCUUCGGUGGGUGGCUAUACUGGCAUGGACAGCCUUGACAAGCAGCGUGAUCGGGACCUGGAACCUACGGGAAGAGAAGUACUGUUUCUUGAGUUCAUUGAUGGCGAUCUAAAGAGACAGGUUCCGGGCAAGGGAGGGGAGCCAACAAAGCCAAAUCGAAAGCUACGCGACGAACAAUUGAGAAUGCCUGUCUACAGCCAGAAGCAGAUGACAAAUUUGAUCGAGAGACGAAACCAGAAAUUUACCAACGCCAUCAAUAUCUUCCUCAACAAGUGCGCCGAGGAUAAAGUUGACCCGCUUGAAACUCUUAAAGAACAAAUGAAGACAUAUGUUCCUGUCCCUACAGCCCCCGAAGAGCUUGAGCCGGAGAAGGCUGCUGAGGUGAUCCCAGAAAGCAUCCCGAAAGAGCGUAAGAGUGUGCCAGAGAUUGUACAAGAGCUCAAGGAGAGUCCUUGGUACACUGGACAGAUUGUACCAGAUGGACACCGAGUAUUUGAGAAACAGGAGCCUGUGUAUGGGGAUCUCAACUUUCUCUUGAGCCAGGAUCUGGUUAAUGCCUUAUACAAUGCCAAGGGAAUUACUCAAUUCUUUGCGCAUCAGUCAGAAGCCCUCAAUAGUCUGUAUGAGGGAAAGCACGUCGUGGUGUCGACAUCAACUAGUUCCGGCAAGAGCCUAAUCUACCAACUCCCUGUUAUUCGUGCCCUUGAAGAGGAUUACAACUCGAGAGCAAUGUAUAUCUUUCCUACGAAAGCUUUGGCGCAGGACCAGAAGAGAAGCCUGAAAGAGAUGAUCGGGUAUAUGCCUGGUCUUGAAGAAACCAUGAUAGAAACCUUUGAUGGCGAUACCCCAAUGACCGACCGCAAUGACAUUAGAGAGCAAGCCAGGGUAAUAUUUACUAAUCCAGACAUGCUUCAUAUCACUAUACUACCACAAGAAGAGCGAUGGCGGUCAUAUCUGAAAAACUUGAAAUAUGUCGUUGUUGAUGAGCUGCACUACUACAACGGCCAAAUGGGCUCUCACAUGUCUUUCAUCAUGCGGAGGCUGCGAAGAAUAUGCGCGGCUGUAGGAAACCGGCGUGUCAAGUUUAUCUCUUGUUCUGCCACUGUCGCUAACCCCGAGCAACACUUUAAAACGAUAUUCGGCAUCGAAAACGUUCAACUGAUAGACUACGAUGGGUCUCCAUCAGGGCGUAAGGAAUUCCUUUGCUGGAAUACCCCUUACAAGGAUCCUGGAGAUCCUGCAUCUGGUCGAGGCAGUACAAAGUUCGAAUGCGCCCGCCUGUUCUGUGCUCUUAUGCUUCGAGGUGUACGAAUUAUAGCCUUUUGCCGGGUUCGAGCACAAUGCGAGCUCCUUGUGAGCACCAUCAAGCAGGAACUAGAGGCUAUGGGACGGCCGGAAUGUACCAACCUGGUUAUGGGAUACCGCGGUGGCUAUACAGCUCAAGACCGCCGCAGGAUCGAGACUGAAAUGUUUCAGGGCCAGCUCCUCGGAAUUGUUGCGACUACUGCAUUGGAGCUCGGCAUUGACAUUGGUUCACUUGACUGCGUUAUGACAUGGGGGUUUCCCUACACUAUUGCUAAUCUGCGGCAACAGAGUGGCCGUGCAGGUCGUCGCAACAAGGAUUCACUUUCGAUAUUGGUUGGCGACGGGUUUGCUACUGACCAGCAUUAUAUGCAGAAUCCAGACGAGCUGUUCACGAAGCCCAACUGCGAAUUGCAAGUAGACCUGGAGAAUAUGCUGGUACGCGAAGGACACAUUCAAUGCGCCGCAUAUGAAAUGCCGAUACGACCAAGAGAGGAUGCAAAAUACUUUGGCAAAGACUUGCCGAAGAUCUGUGUGGAGCGUUUAAUACGGGAUGACAUGGGGUUCUAUCAUUGCCACGAUCGAUUCCGUCCUAUCCCUGCAAAGUAUGUUGCUAUCCGAGACACGGAGGAUGAUCAUUUUGCUAUUGUUGAUAUUACCAAUGGCCGGAACGUGGUGUUGGAAGAGCUGGAGGCCUCGAGGGCUACCUUUACUCUCUACGACGGUGCCAUUUUUCUUCACCAGGGUAACCCGUAUCUUGUACGAGAUUUCCAGCCCGACAAAGGAAUGGCCAGGGUGGAAAGGGUCAAAGUGGAAUGGACGACUGUUCAGAGGGACUAUACCGAUAUUGAUCCUACCGAAACGGAAGCGAUCCGGACGAUUACUGAUUCACGAUCGCAUGCUUACUAUGGGACAAUCAAAAUACAGCAGAACGUAUUUGGUUUUUUCAAGGUCGACAAGAAGAACCGGGUGCUAGAUGCGGUGCAAGUGGACAACCCACCAGUCAUUCGGUUCAGCAAGGGAAUGUGGCUAGAUGUGCCCAAGAAAGCGAUGGGCAUUCUCCAGGAACGACGGCUUCACAUCGCUGCUGCGAUUCACGCUGCCGAACAUGCCAUGAUGAGCUUGCUGCCAGCAUUUAUUAUUAGCAUGCCUGGCGACGUACGGACUGAGUGCAAAACGGCAGUGAAAGAAUUUGCGAAACAAGAAUCGCAACGAAAGCGACCUGCGCGGUUGACGUUCUACGACGCCAAAGGUGGUGCAGGAGGGUCAGGCAUCAGCACCAAAGCUUUUGACCACGUUGACCAGCUACUACGGGACGCACUGCGGCGGAUUGAAAACUGCCGCUGCGAGCGAGGCUGUGUAGAAUGCGUCGCAUCAGAGCAGUGCAAGCAAAUGAACGAAGUGAUGAGCAAGGCUGGGAGUCAAGUGAUUCUCAAGACUUUGCUGAAUAUUGAAGUGGACAUGGAUUCACUGCCGAUGGGGCCCGAGCUGAACAUCCCCAUAGGAACUGAGACAGUUGUACUGGCAGAAACGGUUCCCUACAGGGCCAAAGAGGCAGCCUUUGACAACAAUGCGAUCAAUGGUAGGGUGGCUAUGGCUGUGGAGGGAGAGGAAAGGGGAAAGGGAUCUGGGGAUGGCGCCAAGACUGGGGAUUCUGGAACAACUGAUGGCGGCGGAGGAUUUGAGCAUUGGCUUGCAGAUUCGAUAUGA